AUGAUUGUCCCACUCGUUAGCUUGGAGGACAAUGAGAACGAUCGGGAGAUAGACGAUCUACUGACGUACUUCCAGCAGCAGCUGACGCUGUGCGACGGCACCAUGAAGCUGUGUGAGCCUGAGACAGACUCCACUCUGGUGCACAUCUCGGCUUUGCCCUUCGAGGUGCUCAUGUAUAUCUUCCGUUGGGUGGUGUCAUGUGACCUGGACCUUCGAGCCCUAGAGCAGCUUUCCCUGGUUUGCAGGGGUUUCUAUAUCUGUGCCAGGGACCCUGAGAUUUGGCGAUCUGCCUGUUUGAGGGUGUGGGGGCGGAGCUGCACCAAAAUGCUGCCAUUUUCAUCCUGGAGAGAGAUGUUUUUGGAAAGGCCACGUGUACGCUUUGAUGGUGUUUACAUCAGUAAAACCUCAUACAUCCGUCAGGGGGAAGAGUCUCUCGAUGGCUUCUACAGGGCUUGGCACCAGGUGGAGUACUACAGGUACCUGCGCUUCUUCCCUGAUGGUCAGGUGAUGAUGUUGACCACACCCGAGGACCCUUUGGUCACUGUCCCAAGGCUGCGCAGCAAGAACUCCAGGAUGGACUCCAUCAUGUUUGGCCAUUAUCGGCUGUCCCAGGAUACGGACAAUCAAACCAAAGUUUAUGUUGUUGUCUCCAAGAGAAAAGAAGAGCAAAAGGUGGCAGAGUACCAGAGGAGCCGGUUCUGCAGGCGGAACCCAGCCCCCGAAGCGGAGCGCGCCUUCCAUGUAGGACUGCAGCUGUCCUCUGGGGGGCGUCAACGCUUCAACAAGCUGGUGUGGAUCCACCAUUCCUGCCACAUCACCUACAGAUCGACUGGAGAGACAGUUGUCACUGCGUUUGAUGUAGACAAAAUGUACACGCCUCUGUUUUUUGCACGAGUGAAGAGCUACACAGCCUUUUCAGAGCGUCCACUGUAGGACGACCCAAGCAAUGCAUGCAGUAACUCGACCCUUGACCCCUCAAGGUUUACACCUCACUGCCACCUCCAUCUGCUCGCCCUACUACUUCCAGCCCAGGCUCUUUCUUAUGAAUGUAGACGAAUGGUGUGACAUUCUUAGAUUCCUAGUCUUAACUGCAGUUCAAAGCAUUAUGUUUUGUUUUCACGAUAGUGUAAGAUCUGUCUUGCUCUUAUUGUAAAGAUAAAGAUAUUCUCUCUCUCUCUCUCUCUCUCUCUCUCUCUAUAUAUAUAUAUAUAUAUAUAUAAGAUUGUAAGAGGUUUCAAAUGGACUGUGAUGAUGAUGAAUGUUCAGGUUGUUUUUGUGAAUUUCAGUGAGGGAAUAUGUCGGCUGAUGACUGGAACACCCAAAUAAAUGAGCUAUAUUGUG